AUGGCGGGUCGAGCCCAUGUCUCCAUCCAAAACAGCCUCUGGUUCUUAUCAUCAUCAUCAUCAUCCUCAUCCUCUUCUCUGUAUUCCAAAGGAGCCCACAAUCUCAAGAAUCGACUCCACUUCCGCACCAACUUGUUCUCAUCUCAUCAGUCCAGAGGAGCCCUCUCUCUGUACUAUUGCACUUGCAGCGGCAAAAGCAGGAGUCUUCCUGUCGGCGAGGCGGCGAACAAAGACCCUUUCGUCAUCACAACUCCGCUGUAUUACGUCAAUGCCCCUCCCCACAUGGGCAGCGCCUACACCACCAUUGCCGCCGAUGCUAUGGCCCGUUUUCAGAGGUUGCUAGGAAAGAAAGUUACAUUUAUAACUGGCACAGAUGAGCAUGGAGAGAAGAUUGCUACUGCUGCAGCUGCCAGUGGUUCCAGCCCACAUGAACACUGUGAUGUCAUUUCACAAGCUUACAAGGCGCUUUGGGAAGAUUUAGACAUAGCUUAUGACAAGUUCAUCCGGACAACUGCUCCCAAGCAUGAAGUUAUAGUGAAGGAGUUUUACUCUAGAGUACUUGAAAAUGGUGACAUUUACCGUGCAGAUUAUGAGGGACUUUAUUGUGUCAACUGUGAGGAGUACAAGGAUGAGAAAGAACUGCUGGAGGGAAACUGUUGCCCCAUGCACCUGAAGCCAUGUCUUCUUAGGAAAGAGGACAAUUACUUUUUUGCUCUUUCAAAGUAUCAAAAGAAGUUGGAAGAGACUUUAGCACAAAAUCCGGGCUUUGUACAGCCUUCUUUUCGUCUAAACGAGGUGCAAAGUUGGAUCAAAAGUGGCCUGAGAGACUUUUCAAUUUCACGAACAUCAGUGGAUUGGGGUAUUCCGGUUCCUAAUGAUAUUAAUCAAACCAUUUAUGUCUGGUUUGAUGCUCUACUCGGCUAUAUAUCUGCACUUACGGAGGAGGAGCAAGCUAAUUUACAAACUGCAGUUUCUUCUGGUUGGCCUGCUUCAGUACACUUGAUUGGAAAGGAUAUAUUACGUUUUCAUGCAAUAUAUUGGCCAGCUAUGUUAAUGUCUGCCAGACUAAGCCUUCCUAAGAUGGUGUUUGGCCAUGGAUUCUUAACGAAGGAUGGCAUGAAAAUGGGAAAGUCGCUAGGGAACACCCUUGAACCAAGUGAUUUGGUACAAAGGUUUGGGUCUGAUGCUGUCAGGUACUUCUUCCUUAGGGAGGUAGAAUUUGGUAAUGACGGGGACUACUCUGAGGACCGUUUCAUCAAUAUGGUCAAUGCACAUCUUGCCAAUACAAUUGGAAAUCUCCUAAACCGUACACUUGGGCUUUUGAAAAAGAAUUGCCAAUCAACUUUGGCAGUUGAUUCAACUAUUGCAGCGGAAGGAAAUGCAUUUAAGGACACUGUUGAGAAGCUGGUUGACAAGGCUCGGGUUCAGUAUGAGAAUCUCUCACUAUCAUCAGCCUGUGAGGCUGUACUAGAGAUUGGUAAUGCAGGAAACUUGUACAUGGAUGAACGUGCACCAUGGUCUCUUUUCAAGCAACAGGGUGCUGCCGCUGAAGCUGCUUCAAAGGAUCUGGUGAUCAUUCUAGAAGCAAUGAGGAUAAUAGCAAUCGCUUUAUCCCCCGUUACACCUAGAUUAUGCCUGAGAAUAUAUACCCAGCUCGGCUACUCUGAGGGCCAGUUCAAUGCUGCUACCUGGGGCGACACCAAAUGGGGCGGGCUGAAGGGUGGUCAGGUCAUGGCUGAACCGAAGCCUAUCUUUGCUAGAAUCGAAAGCCAAAAGGAAGGGGAAGGGGGAGAGGAAGGCGAAGUGACAAAAAAGAAAGCAAGCAAAAAGAAAGAAAGGAUGCCUCUAAGUCAGACUCUGGCGGAGGCCUAAGAGAAGAGAUGUGGUUUCAGCAUCUUCAGUACAAUCUAUAUAUACAUACCUGAUUCGUUUUUUCUCUUUAUCAUCACAUUUACUCCACAAUCAAAUAGUUUCAAAUUAUGGACUUCAUAAAGGAGAAUGGGUUUCAUUGUUCAUUC